AUGCGUCUCCUGGCACAGGGCGGAGACCCUGGGUUCCUUCUUAUCUGCAGUGCUCAUGCCGUGACCCUGAAUGAACAGCCCCUUGAUCACUUGGAGGACCCACCCCCGAGUCCACUGAUCACCCUGGAGACCCAGGGUGGCUCCUUCUCACACCGGCCCAAGGAGAAGGUGCGGACCGAUAGCAACAACGAGAACUCCGUCCCCAAAGACUUUGAAAACGUGGACAAUAGCAACUUCGUCCCCAGGACACAACAGCAGAAGCCCCCGCCCGAGCUGGCCAAGAAGCCCCCUGGGAAGCCCAAGGAGUUUUUGACCAAGAAGCUGGAGCAGGGGCUGGACAAAAGGAGGGGCCGCCCUUUCCUGGGCAAAGGCGCCAACGAGGUGCUGCCCCCUGGCGAGAGAGCCCCGGCCAACAGCAGCCACGCCAAAGAUGCCCCCCACCUGGCCCAUGCCAAGAAGAGUGGAGGCGGCUCCCCGGAGCUCAAGUACAACCAGCCCCCCAAGUGUGACAUCUCGGGCAAGGAAGCCAUCUCAGCCCUUUCCCGAUCCAAGUCCAAGCACUGUCGCCAGGAGAUAGCAGAAGCCUACUGCAGCCACAAGCUGGGGCGCCUGAUGCCCGAGAAGGUGGCUCGCCUCUGCCCCCUGGAGGGCAAAGCCAACAAGAAUGUCCAGUGGGAUGAGGACUCGGUAGAGGACAUGCCAGCCAACCCGGUCAGGAUUGCCUUCGUCCUGGUGGUCCACGGCCGUGCCUCGCGGCAGCUGCAGCGCAUGUUCAAGGCCAUCUACCACAGAGACCACUUCUACUACAUCCACGUGGACAAGCGCUCGAAUUACCUGCACCGGCAAGUGCUCCAGUUCACCGGGCAGUACGACAACGUCCGAGUCACGCCCUGGAGAAUGGCCACCAUCUGGGGCGGCGCCAGCCUGCUGACCACCUACCUGCAGAGCAUGCGGGACCUGCUGGAGAUGGCCGACUGGCCCUGGGACUUCUUCAUCAACCUCAGCGCAGCUGACUACCCCAUCAGGACCAACGACCAGCUGGUGGCCUUUCUCUCCCGAUACCGAGAUAUGAACUUCCUGAAGUCACACGGCCGGGACAACGCAAGGUUUAUCCGGAAACAAGGCCUGGACCGGCUCUUCUUGGAGUGCGAUGCCCACAUGUGGCGCCUGGGGGACCGGCGGAUCCCAGAGGGCGUGGCCGUGGACGGCGGCUCCGAUUGGUUCCUGCUGAACCGGAAGUUUGUGGAGUACGUGACGUUCUCCACGGACGAUCUGGUGACCCACAUGAAGCAGUUCUACUCCUACACCCUGCUUCCGGCCGAGGAUGAGGAAACUGAGGCCCAAAGGCAGCAGACUGCCCGGCCCACCUUCUUUGCCCGCAAGUUCGAAGCGGUGGUGAAUCAGGAGAUCAUCGGGCAGCUGGACUACUACCUGUAUGGGAACUACCCCGCAGGUACCCCGGGGCUGCGCUCCUACUGGGAGAAUGUCCACGAUGAGCCCGACGGCAUCCCCAGCCUGAGCGACGUGACCCUCACCCUGUACCACGCCUUCUCUCGCCUGGGCCUCCGCCGGGCAGAGAUGUCCCUGCACACAGACAGCGAGAACAGCUGCCGGUAUUACCCAAUGGGCCACCCGGUGUCUGUCCACCUCUACUUCCUUGCGGACCGCUUCCAGGGCUUUCUGGUCAAGCACCAUGCAACCAAUCUGGCUGUGAGCAAACUCGAGACCCUGGAGACGUGGGUGAUGCCCAAGAAGGUCUUCAAGAUUGCCAGCCCACCCAGUGACUUCGGGAGGCUUCAGUUUUCUGAGGUCGGCACUGAUUGGGAUGCCAAGGAGCGGCUCUUCCGAAACUUUGGGGGCCUCCUGGGACCCAUGGAUGAGCCGGUGGGCAUGCAGAAAUGGGGCAAGGGGCCCAACGUGACGGUGACAAUCAUCUGGGUGGACCCUGUCAACGUCAUCGCAGCCACCUAUGACAUCCUGAUUGAGUCCACUGCUGAGUUCACCCACUACAAGCCCCCUCUGAACUUGCCCCUGAGGCCCGGGGUCUGGACCGUGAAGAUUCUCCACCACUGGGUGCCCGUGGCAGAGACAAGAUUCCUCGUGGCUCCGUUGACUUUCUCCAACAGGCAGCCCAUCAAGCCAGAAGAGGCGCUGAAGCUGCACAACGGGCCACCCCAUGGCGCCUACAUGGAGCAGAACUUCCAGGGCCUGAACCCCGUGCUCAGCCUGCCCCUGAGCCCCGCGCAGGUGGAGCAGGCGCGGCGGCACGCAGCCUCCACAGGCGCAGUGCUGGAGGGCUGGCUGGACUCCCUGGUGGGCAGCAUGUGGACCGCCAUGGACAUCUGUACCACCGGCCCCACCGCCUGCCCCGUCAUGCAGGCCUGCAGCCAGACUGCCUGGAGCUCCUUCAGCCCUGACCCCAAGUCGGAGCUGGGGGCCGUCAAACCCGAUGGACGCCUCAGGUAGCACUGGGCCGGUGGGCCACGACAGGAUCCCAGCCGAAAGCACCCAGCUCAUGGUGGGGCCUCGCUGGGGUGCCCCUGGAGCCCAAGCAGGGCUGCCCAUGACUGACCUUUGCCAGAGCAACUCCUGGGAGCGGGGCUGCUGCUUCCAGGUAUCCUGGCAGUCUCAGCACCUCUGGGCGACCCUCAGCCCUACGGUUUCCCUUUCCGCCCCUUCCAGGGACCUCGCCCACACACAGGCAAUUUUUUAGACCUUUGUUUUCAGCAACAGGACCCUGGGCACGAAGUGGAAGUUCGGGAACAACUGAACCCCAAGGGCUGCGGGUGAAGCAGCAGGGGUGGGGUUCUUCUCCCAGCUCAGCCCCUGGUGGCCCCCGGGCCCAGGGCACCCCACGAGUCACCUCUUCAGAGCCCAAGGUCUCUGCCAACCCCAGUUUGACAGCACUGCCCAGACCAUGGGGCCCAGCUUAGCCUGCCCUUUGGCUCGCCUCCCUGAUCCUCCUGGCCAGGAAAUCCUUGUGACAGGCCUCUGGAAGUCACAGUCACGAGUCCUCCCCCGCAGGACAGCAGGCUGGGAAGGGCCUCAAGCCUUCCCCGACCCACCUCCUUUGUAACCAGCUGGGCAGGACAGCCUUGGGAAGGGGCAUGGCUGAGGUCACCCAGAAGGGAGGCUGCCAUCUGCCCAGAGUUCCAGGCGACACCUUCCCUAUCGGGUUGCCCCAGGAGGUGGUGCAGGGAGUGGGGGCUAUGUGUGAGGGUGAGCAUCAAGCCCCCUGUCUACUCAGGGGUCCAGAGAUAAGAUUACAGCCCCUGGAGGGGCACCCCACAGCAUUAGCCAGGCCUUCACACAUGGCGAGUCCCGUGUGCAGGGUUGCUGGCACAACCAGGCUCUUCACUUUCAGGGAAAGGCCUUUCAGAGUCACUCCCAUCGUCCUCCCAGGCGCCCACAGGCCCGCCUGGCGGGCAGACUCGGAGCGGGAGGCUUGAGUGUCCGGCUGCUUAAAAAUUAGUGUUGAUCGGCACGCCCCUGGGAGAAGCCACGCCCCAGGUCACAAAGCACCCUUACUGUGAUGAGGCAGACCUUGUCUUUCUCUGCCAGCAUGGUUCAAAGGUACCGUGGGCAUGAGGAGGGCACCUGUCUGCUGUGUGGGCCCCUCCCAUCCUCACCCCCAGCAAGGCAGGAUGUCCUUCGGGCAAUCAAGGGUACAGAGAAGGGACACUUUAGAUAUUUAUUAUUUAUAUGUUUUAGUCCAUGACUAAUUAGUAGGUGCUGUUUUUGCAGCUUGUCGAUUAUGUUCUUACUAACUAAAGCUGCCUUUGUUCACAAAAGGCCCCUCCCCCCUUCCUCCAUCUCUCUCUUGCCCCUACCCUCUUCUCUCCCUCUGUCUCUGUCUGUCUGCCCCCGCCAUUCUCCUGUCCUCAGAGUAAAGCACACCAUGAGGGAAGGUCUGAGCGGCCUCGCCCCGUGUGCACCUGGGUCUGCCUGCCUUUGGGAACACGGGAGUCCAGCUUCUCCUCACCCGGGCGUCAGCACCCACUGCCCUGCCCUUCUUGGGGAGUGUUUUCCAAGCCCAUCCAGAGGGCACCACAGGAGAAGCCUUGUGGGUGCAGAGUGCCCUGCAGAGGGCUGGGGCUGUCCCGCACCCCCGGCCACCUGCAGCCAGCCUGGCAGAGGGAACAGGCUCUUCCUGAGCCCGGGAGGAAGGGGGAGACCCAGCUUAGGAAGAGGGUGGUCAGACCGGCUGGAAGUGGGCAUCCUUAGCAAUGGCUCAGGGGAUAGGCUUACAAACUCUGUGAGCCAGAGCCUGUGCCAGGGGGGUCCCAGAAUCCUGGCUGUCGGCGUCCUGGGGACACUACUUUCCCGCCCCAUGCCCACCCCUGCCUGGCCACUGGGUGUCUUAUUUCCCCAGCCUUCUUCUCGGUGGCUUUGGGGGCGCACCCUGACAUGUCACUGCACGCAGGGUCUGUAGACACUUGCACAUAUCCCGCUGCCACUGUGACGGUGCUUCCCUGCGGGGCCAGUGGAGAAGGGCACACAUGGCUGUCUCGGGGGCCAGGCAAGAGUGUCGCUGUGGUCACUCAUGGUGGACAAGGAGAACUCUGUCCAGGCCGAAGUGCCUAGUGUGAGGGUGAUCGUUUCCUGAGAUACGUCAUCCCCUGACUCGGGGUGUCCUCCCCGCCUGGGAGGACACGCCUGGAGUCUGGUAGCCAGCUGUCACAGCUGCAUAGGAGGGUUUCAGAAAUGCCUCUGCAGCCUGGGGGAUGAGUCAAGGCCCCGGGGGACUUGGGAUUGGGGUAGAAGGCAGCACUCAGUGUCUCUGCCCCACUUCCACCCGCCCAGCAAGCUCGGGGCAGACGGCCAGCCUUCUGAAGCCCACGCACUGGUCAUUGCCAUGAAGACAGCUAUAGGCCUCCAAGGGAGAAGGUCCCCGUGCUUUACACAGUGCCCUGUCCACCUCUUCAGAGAAUGACCCUCUGGUCAGAGUGCCAUGGCCCGCCACUGCGGUGGGUUUAACCUCAGUGCUGGCAGCGCUCAGAGAGGAGGAGCCAGGCCAGUACUCAGGCCUGCGGUUCCUCAUGGUGUGCACCUGGGCUCAGAGGAAAGACCCUGCACCCUUCUGGGUCUCCAGCUUACAGGGUGGGGGGGGGCCUGUCAGAGACUGGCUAGAACCUUGAUCUCACCCCCAGGCCGGUGCAGAUAAAGGCAGUAGUGGUGAGGUGUGGGACACGAACCAAUCCCCCAUUCCCAGCCAUGUUCACCGGGACUCCAGGGCUCCAAACAGCACGAAGGCAGAGGCACAAGGAAGAGCUGUUGGUGGUUGCCAAAGGCCACCCCCACCCCUGGGUCAGAGCCACCCUCUUGAGUAGUUGGGAACGGGUCCCCUGUAGAGCUCAGAAGACAAAGAUUGGUGAGUGAAGCUGGUUCCCGGAAGACAAAGGGGAGUGAUGGAGACUGGGGAGCUGGGCUCAGUCCCAGCUCAAGUCUCCGACCCAUCCAUAGCACCAGCCACAGCUCAGCCCAGCGCGCAGUCACAGUGUAGCAGGAUCACCCCCAGACUGUUAACAAGAAAUGGGAUUUUUAAGUGUUGCGUUUCGCUCUCCCUCUUUAAGCAGCCAGGAAGUCGAAGGAGGGAGCGGGUGUUGCCAGUUCAGCUUGUGCACACCUGCUGCCUGGGAAGUGACGGAGCAUGAGGUGAAGGCAUGGGAGUAGCAGCUUAGAAUCUCUUCCUGCAGUUUGCUCCCCCACCCCCCAGAGAAGAGCCCGUGGAGAAGCAUAUCCUGUGAGGGCUGGCAGGGGCAGCUCUCCAGGUCCCGAGGCCAAGACAGCCGUGCCCAAGGCAAGACGAAAUGGAAUCAGAGACCUCAGCUGCCCGCCUUAGGGCAGUGUUUCCCAAAGAAGGCAGGGCCACCUGGCAGGAUCCAGGGGCGCCGCGGAAACAGAUACCAACUCGCUAUCCUGGAUUACGCGCUGUAGUACAAACGUUGUCAUUGCCAGGGCAAAGCCCUGAAUCAUUUUGUCUGAGAAGGGCGUUAGGCCAAAUAAGUUUGGGGAGCGGCUCACAUCUGUCCAGGCUCACACCUUGCAGGGUGCCAUGUGCAGCCAGCCGGCCAGGGCCAGUACAGGAGAAGGGUGAUGACAGGUCAGGCCCCCGGCUCUCUCCAGAGCCCCAGGAUCUGUUUGCAAAGAAGCCAUGCUGACCUCUGCGUGUCGGGGUGCUUGAGUCAGCCCUGUCCUCUCGGCUUCUGCCUCAGUGACCUGACUUUGCCCAAGGGUCUACCGCAGGGGCUACCUCACUGUGUCUAUUGAGAAGUUUACCUGGGUGGGGGAAACAAAGGUGUCCGACAUCUCCUUCCAGCUGAAUGUACAAUCUAUGCAACUGCCCCCUCUCUAUCUGUCUGUCUCUCUCUCCCCCGCCCCUCUCUGUCUCUGUUUCAGAAGUAUUAUUUUUUUACCUUGCAAACAAGAUACUGUAUAGGACCCUCUCAAGACUGAGGAGGGCUCUCCCGCACCACCUGUGUCUACCCCGCAAGCUAUCUUUGGUUUAGUUCACGCAGGGAGAAAGUGGUCCUCCCUCCCCUCUCCACUGAGCUGGGAAUCCCCUGACUGCCUCCUCUCCUAGACGCAGCUCCACCCCUCUGCCCUCCCUGCCUAACAUCCUGGCUUCUCCCUGCCUCUCCUUACUCCACCCUGCUUCUCACCCCACCCCCACACACAAAGCCUUAGGUUCCUCCUUUUUGAAAUGUGGCCUUAACAUUAUUUUUGGAAGCUGACGAGCCUCUCCCUCAGAUUCCUGCCAAUGUCCCAGAAGGAAACGCGAUCAGAGCAUGCGCAGCUCCUCCAUCCCCACGCCAGGGGCUGCCAAUUUGCAGUUUGCAGAUGCAAAAGACAUCACAAGUGUUAUCUUUCAGGAAAAAAAAAAUAUAUAUAUAUAAAACCAUAUAUAUAUGGUUCUUCUAUCUUCACCCAAGAUGAAGGCUUGGGUGCUCAGAGGAACCCUAGCCAGCUCCUUCAACACUCCAUGGGGCACAGGGCCCCUGGACCGGGCUGGCUUAAUGGCUAGCAGAGUGCUCCUGUGGCUCCCAGAGCCCCUGAAGCCUGGUGACUUCAUGUACUUCAAGGGUCAACCAGGAGAGGUUCCCAAUUUAUCUCUGUCCUUCCUGGCUGGCAAGGGAUCGAGGUAACUAUCCUCAGCGGAUGGGUAGUGUUCUCCCGGGAAUCGCCUUCCCUGCUACUUCUCCUCCCAUCACGCCCCUGCGGAUGGAGGCCAGAGACCAACCCCAGGGUCUCCACAGGGGCUUCGCUGGGAUCGAGCGCGCUGGUCUCUGUCUUACUGCUCUUCAUUGGCAUUCUCGUGUUGCCCACCGUGUCCGUCUGGGGUUCACAGGCCUCACCGUAAGUCAUUACCGUCCUUCCGUCCUUUCUCUUGUUCAAAGACGUGGUGAUACAGUUUUCUAAAAUAACUAUUUUGUUAUAGAUCACGAUAUGCAUAAACCUGUACAGAAAUAUUUUGUAACGGAUGGAUUUUUUUAAAGAGAGAAUCUGUAAAUAAGGUUUUAAAGAGAGAGGCUUCAAAUGGCACACACUAAAAGAUGUAGAUAUUUUGCUAUUUAUUUAAAGACGAAUUUUAAGAGAGAUUGAACUAUCUGAAAUUGACCCGUCGUCACAGUUCUGACCCUCCGAAUGCGUGUUCCCACAGGUAGAAUGUGGGGCCCGGAAGUGAAUGCACACCCUCCCCUCCCCCGUUUUUUGCUCCUUUUCUGUCUUUUCAUUUAGCAGGGAAAAAAAUCAAAAACAAAACCAACCACCACAACAAAAAAAUGUGUGCCUUAGCUGUAUUUUUUUUGUCUAGGGGAGUUUGUUUCUGUCUGACAAAGCAAAAUUUUUUGCAGAAAACAGUGGAUGUAUUAAAUACUGUAUCAUACCAAAAACACCGCAGGUGUAUAUAAAUGCUUCUGUCAUACUGUGUUUUCAGAUGCAGAAUUUUAAAUAACAACAAUAAAUCUGUCUUUAUGGAACA